AUGGACCCUUCCCACAUUGAAGCUAUUACCCGACAGCCACAUCGUCGUCCACAAGGUGAUCGACACCAUGCUAGACAUGAUCGUAGGGAAGGAAAUCAAGCUCUUGGACGCGAGUGGGAAUAUCACUGUCAUGGUACACUAUCUCCCCCUCGCCACGAGGAGCGCCUCUUUCGAAAUAUUAAGUUAGAUGCCCCUACAUUCGAUGGUUGUCUAGAUCCUAGUGCAUUCAAUCAAUGGGUUAGAGAUAUGGAUCGCUUCUUUACCUGGUAUGGGGUCCCUGAAGAUCGAAGGGUACAAUUUGCCAGUUUGAAAUUAACUGGCACAGAUAAACUGUUUUGGGAAAGUGUUGAGGACCUCCUAGAGAGGCGCCAUGCUCCCCCUGUUGGGAACUGGGAUGAAAUGAAGUGUCGCCUUGAAGAAAAAUAUUUACCUGAAUCUUACAGGGGCGACUUGCUGGAUCAAUGGAACUCACUUAUGCAAGGCAGUCGACCUGUGACCGAAUAUGUUGCUCAGUUUGACGAGUUUCGAAUGAGAUGUCAGGUCGUUGAGGAUGAAGUCAUGACCUUGAGUAGGUUUAGAGGUGUCAUCACUCUUGACCACGCCUACUCUUUCGUUCGGGAUUACGAGUUAGUGACUAGGACAUCGUACAGAAGUCGUAGUGACUCCCGCACUGCAACCUCUUCUGCAUCCACUCCAUCCCCUAAGUCUAUUCUAGGGCCUCCUCCUUCUAAUACUACCCCUACAUCGGAUAGUAAAGGUAGAGGUUCUGAGGUUUCAAGAACGUCCUCUCGUUUACAAUGUUUCAACUGUAUGGGUUUUGGUCACAUUGCCUCUAAGUGUCCUAGUCGAGCCCUAGUUUUGGAAGAGCGUGAAGGUAUAGUUGACGAGCCACUAGAGGAUCAGGUUUAUGAGCCUAAAUUAGAAGAGUUUGAUGACUUGGAGGAUAGUGAAGAUACCUUCUUGGGUUGUAUCCAGGCUAGUCCCCUUAUCCCACAUACGCCUAGAAUCGGUGUCGUCCGUUGUACUCUUACCCAGCCUAGGGAUGCUAAUGAUUGGCGUCGUCAUGCCAUCUUUCACACUUACAUCAAGAUUAAUAAUAAGGGCUGUAAAGUUAUCGUGGAUAGCGGCAGCUGCAUCAAUGCGGUUUCGAUGGCUACUGUAUCCCGUCUAGGGUUGAAGUCUGUUCCUCACCCUCAGCCAUACAGUGUCUCUAGGGUUGAUCCCUCUUCCAUAGUUGUCAAGGAGCGUUGUUUAGUCCCUAUCCAGUUUCUCGAGUAUAAGGACCAUAUAUGGUGUGACGUUAUUUCAAUAGAUGUCGGGAACAUCAUCUUGGGACGACCUUGGUUAUUUGACCUAGAUGUAACCAUUUAUGGUCGAUCUAAUUCCUGCUCCUUCGUGUUUAAUGGAAAGAAGAUUCACCUUAACCCACUGCCCCCAAAGCCUGCUGGCCCACUGGAAACGAAGAAAAGUGUGGAACGAAAGGGAUCACACAUCAUUAGUCCUAAGGAGUUUGAGCGUACACCUGUUGGUGACUCAGUUGUGUUCGCUUUGGUGGUCAUGGAGGUUCCAUCGCACUCCACAAUAGAGAGCCCUGUUGAAGACCUACCUGACCAUCUAGCUCCACUAAGGGAUAUUCAACAUGCCAUAGAUUUCAUCCCAGAGGCAUCCCUCCCAAAUUUGCCUCAUUAUAGGGUGAAUCCUAUCGAGCACGCUGAACUUCAAAGGCAAGUGGAUGACCUCCUUCACAGAGGAGUCAUUCGUGAGAGUUUAAGCCCGUGUGCUAUCCCCGCCCUAUUGACGCCCAAAAAGGAUGGUUCUUGGAGGAUGUGUGUGGAUAGUCGCACGAUCAAUAGGAUCACGGUGAAGUAUCGUUUUCCCACUCCUAGACUUGAUGAUAUGUUAGAUAUGAUGGUUGGUGCCACAAUCUUUUCGAAAAUUGAUCUGAAGAGUGGAUACCAUCAGAUUUGA